UUAGAAUAUUAAAGCCACAUAUUGUAAAGACAAGGAGUCGUACUAUAUCCUAGUAAAGGAAUCGAGUCUAUGCCACUAUCCCCAUGAUCUUUGCAACCCAAUGUCGUAGACCUCCGAAUUAUCAAACUAUGGAUUGUGUUAGAUAAAAUAAUCUCAAGAUCAAGAUCUAAAAGGUUUUCAUCAUCAGGUCCAAAGAUAUAGGGAUUAGAAAUUUGAGCUUGUGGCAAGGCUUAAUUCCAUUGUUAUUUAAUAAUACUUUAAGCUAAAUUCCCAUGUUUAUUGGAACAUGCUUGUAUGUUGAACUCUUUUGUUUGUUUAGCCGGCCUUCGAUAGUAUUGGAUACUCUGUGCUGAAGACGAUGGUUAUGGCCACAGGAGAGUACGAGUUUGAGGGAAUAUUUAUGGAUACCCAGCUUCCGUUCCCUGGAGCAACAGUUUUCAUGUUCGUUAUAUUUGUUCUUGUGAUGGCAAUUAUCAUGAUGAACCUACUCGUGGGUCUAGCUGUAGAUGAUAUCAAGGAGGUUCAGGAUCAUGCAGAACUCAAGAAGCUUUCAUCUCAGGUCGAGCAGAUAUUUGAGCUGGAGAAGAUUCUUCCAUCCUUUAUCCUGGAGAGAAGAUCAGUUCAGAAGAUUAGAUUGGACUCUAAGGAAUCUACUUUCUGGAAGCUGAAGGAUGUUAUGACAAAACAGAAUAUUUGGGAAACUAUCACGGAAAGAGAACAAAGACGAGAGGAGAAGGAAGGGUUGGAUGAUCUGAUGAAGAGCCUGGACAACAUCAAGGAGGAGAUCUCCGAGAAGAUGAUCAAGCUUCAAUCCGAGUUCUCAACCCAGAUGAAAUUACUCCGUGAGGAGCUAAAAACGGACGGAAAUUAAAAAUGUUUUCAAUUCUGGAAUACUCUUUAUAUCUACUCUUAUUGUGUGCCUUUUUCUAUAUUUUACAUUAAAUAUAUAAUAUUAUUGUUGGCAAAAGAC